CUUCUCUCACACAGCCUAGGCCACACGCUACAGCAGCACCGCUGUCAACAUGCCGGCGCUCAAGAAGCGGAAAUUGAGUCACGAAGAUGGCUUUAGACCGAAAUCAAAACCGACCGACCCUCCCUCAUCCGCAUCCGAGUCCGAAUCAGAUUCAGAAACAGAGGCAGAGGCGCAGAACGAAAAUGGUGACAAUGCAGACCACACAGACGAAGGUCAAGAUGAGAUCCCUACAGAGUCAAAACAACCCACUACAUUUAAAGAGCUCGGCAUCAUUGAUUCACUGUGUGAAGCAUGUGAAGCACUAGGCUACAAAGCCCCCACACCGAUCCAGGCUGAAUCAAUCCCUUUGGCUUUACAAGGACGAGAUCUGAUCGGUCUGGCCGAGACAGGAUCAGGAAAGACAGCAGCUUUUGUGCUCCCCAUAUUACAGGCACUGAUGGAAAAGCCACAACAGUUACAUUCGCUGAUCCUGGCGCCGACGAGAGAACUGGCAUAUCAGAUAUCCGAGGCGGUUGAGGCUUUGGGUUCUCUCAUAGCUGUGCGCUGUGCCGUCCUGGUCGGUGGAAUGGAUAUGAUUCCUCAGGCGAUUGCUCUAGGUAAAAAACCGCAUGUCAUUGUCGCGACUCCCGGUCGCCUGUUGGACCAUAUGGAGAAUACCAAAGGAUUCUCACUCCGACUGUUGAAAUACCUUGUCAUGGACGAGGCCGAUCGGUUGCUAGAUCUGGAUUUUGGGCCGAUUUUGGAUAAGAUUCUCAAGAUCCUACCCAAGGAAGGGCGCAAAACAUACCUAUUUUCCGCGACCAUGUCGAGCAAAGUCGAGUCUUUACAGCGAGCAUCGUUGUCGAAUCCCUUGAGAGUUUCGGUGUCUCAGGACAGGUACCAGACGGUUUCGACUUUAUUACAGUCAUACAUCUUCAUCCCUCACAAGCACAAAGACCUCUACCUGAUCCACAUCCUGAAUGAACUGGCGGGUCAAACGGGCAUCAUUUUCACGCGAACUGUCAACGAGGCACAGCGGAUAUCUAUUCUAUUGCGCAUGCUAGGAUUCUCAGCCAUCCCCAUCCACGGUCAACUUUCUCAACAAGCACGACUUGCCGCCUUGAACAAGUUUCGAGCAAAGUCUCGAAAUCUCCUCGUGGCAUCUGACGUGGCGUCUCGUGGUCUUGACAUUCCCUCGGUCGACCUAGUUGUCAACUUUGAUCUUCCUCACGACAGCAAGACAUAUAUCCACCGAGUUGGUCGUACUGCUCGCGCGGGGAAGAGUGGCAAGGCCAUCUCUUUCGUCACUCAGUAUGAUGUCGAGUUGUGGAUGAGGAUCGAGGGUGCCUUGGGCAAGAAGUUGAAGGAAUACGAGACAGUCAAGGAAGAAGUCAUGGUGUUGGCGGAAAGAGUCAAUGACGCUCAACGAGCUGCUGCCAUGGAGAUGAAGGAACUGCACGAGAAUCGAGGCAAGAAAGGUGCGACUUUGCGUAAUAAGCGGACGGGACAACCUGGGGGUGGAAAGAGGGGGAGAGAUGAUAUGGACAGGGACGAUGGUUAAAUGGCUCAAAACAACUUGCCGUCCACCGUUUUCUUGACGAAGAUUACAUGAUUGAUAUGUCUGUCAGCUGUCGAAUCCCAUUUACAUCGCAAUUACAUCGG